AUGUCCGGCAACAAGGUCAUUGUCGUCGGUGGUGGUCUCUCCGGCCUCUCGGCCGCCCACACUGUCCUCGAGCGUGGUGGCAACGUCGUCCUCCUCGACAAGAACAGCUUCAUGGGCGGCAACUCGACCAAGGCUACCUCUGGUAUCAACGGUGCCGGCACCCAGGCUCAGCAGGAGCUCAACAUCCCCGACAACGCCGCCAAGUUCUUUGCCGACACCAAGAAGUCGGCUCGCGACCUUGCCCGCGACGACCUCAUCCACGUCCUCACCUACCGCUCCGGCGACGCCGUCAACUGGCUCGUUGAGCGCUUCGGCCUUGACCUCUCCAAGGUCUCGCGUCUCGGUGGCCACUCUGAGCCCCGUACCCACCGUGGUGGCGCCCAGUUCCCCGGUAUGACGAUCACCUACGCCCUCAUGGAGAAGCUCGAGGACAUUGCCGCCGCCCACCCCGACCGUGCCGUCAUCCACAAGAAGACCAAGGUCACUGGCCUUAUCAAGGAGGGCGACCAGGUUGUCGGUGUUGAGUAUGAGAAGGGCGGCCAGAAGGGCAAGGAGUACGGUGUUGUCAUUCUUGCGACCGGCGGUUACGCUGCCGACUUCACAGAGGACUCGCUCCUCAAGAAGUACCGCCCCGAGUACUACGACCUCCCCACCACCAACGGUGACCACUGCACUGGUGACGGCCACAAGAUGGCCAUGGCCGCCGGCGCCAAGGGCAUCGACCUCGAGAAGGUCCAGGUUCACCCCACUGGUCUCGUUGACCCCAACGACCCCCAGGCCAAGGUCAAGUUCCUUGCUGCUGAGGCUCUCCGUGGUGUCGGCGGUCUUCUUCUCGACAACGAGGGCAACCGCUUCGUCGAUGAGCUCCAGCACCGUGACUUUGUCACCAACACCAUGUGGAAGCACAACAAGUUCCCCAUCCGCCUCGUCCUUAACGGCAAGGCGUCGAAGGAGAUUGAGUGGCACAUCAAGCACUACUCUGGCCGUGGCCUCAUGAAGCACUACAAGAACGGUGAGGAGCUCGCUAAGGCCAUCGGCUGCAGCCCCGCCGCCCUCAAGAAGACGUUCGACGAGCACAACCACUACGAGAAGAACCCCGGCACUGACCCCUUCAACAAGAAGUUCUUCGCCAACGGCCCCUGGUCCAUGGAUGACUCGUUCAACGUCGCCCUCAUGACCCCCGUCCUCCACUACACCAUGGGUGGUCUUGAGAUCGGCACCGACUCUGCCGUCCACGACUCGAACUCGGUCGGCAUCCCAGGCCUCUACGCCUGCGGUGAGCUUGCUGGUGGUGUUCACGGUGCCAACCGUCUCGGAGGCUCGUCGCUCCUCGGGUGUGUUGUCUUCGGCCGUGUCGCCGGUGGCUCCGCCUCGGCGUACCUCCUCUCGGAGCUCUCCAACGAGACCGCUGCCAACCGUCUCGGCACUGUCGGUGGUCACCUCUUCGAGACCAAGGUCACCGCCGACCCUGCCACCAAGUCGGUCACCCUCAACUUCUCGUUCGGCGGUGCCGGCGGCGCCCCCGCUGUCCAGGCUGCCCCUGUCGCUGCCCCUGUCGCCGCUGCUGCGCCCGCGACUGCGCCCGCCCCUGCUGCUGCGCCCGUGAAGAAGAGCGGCGAGUACACCGCCGAGGAGGUCGCCAAGCACAACAAGCCUGACGACUGCUGGGUCAUCAUUGGCGACGAGGUCCUCGACGUCACCGAGUUCCUGAACGAGCACCCCGGAGGCGCCAAGGCCAUCCUCCUGUAUGCCGGCCGUGAUGCGACUGAGGAGUUCGAGAUGGUGCACCCCGACGGCGUCAUUGCCAAGUACGCCCCCGAGGCAGUCAUUGGCAAGCUCAAGAAGUAA